AUGUUGAGUUCCAGUAGCAACAGACCUAUAUCAGCCCAUUUGACUAUUCAUUACAAGCCUAUCCAGGAGGAAGAAGGGGAGGUGAGGGGCAGCCCCAGAGGGGGCAGUCAUCGCGAUGACUGCCUUCUGGAGACCGAUAGGUCUCCCACUCCCAACAGGAAACAUGAGUUUAUCAAGACGGUACUUAACAUCAACGAUGAUGAUGCUGAGCCUUGUUCCCCAUGCGGAGAGUCGCACAAGGACAACGCGACUUUGUUUGGGGACUUUAUGUCUAAAAGACAGCAGAGGCUUUCCAACUCCAUGAACAUUUUCGAUCUCUAUCAAUGUGUACACAACCUGCCGCUCAGCAGCAACAACCACCAGUUCAUAGCAAGAAGAUUUAGCGAAUCACACAUCCCCUCCUUGCACCAUCGCCAGCAGCAUCAAGCAACAGCGGCGAAGAACUUUGUACAGCCCACCAAGGACAUUCAGAGGAUCGCUUCAUACGCCGCAGAUUCCGACCAAAGAGUCAAGUAUCUACCAAACUAUCACCAGUCCCCUCCUUCUACUGCCUCGGCGGCGGCAGCGUCGAGAGCAGCCAAACCAAGAAGGCUCCCCGACAGCGACAGUAAAAAAUACAUACUGCAACUACAACUGUCGUCGUCUAGCUCCCGGCCGAUCUCGCCGCAGACCCAUUCGGACUUCCGCCCUUCUUGCUCUUCCUCCAACUGCUCGUCAUCUUCCUCGUCAUCCAUGUCCUCGUCUGUCUCUGUCUCAGAUCCGAAUAACAUAACGGCAUACGAAACGGAUAAUGUCAGCUCACAGUUCCCGACCGACCAGCCUCUGGACAUUUCUAGCCCUUGCACGAGGCACCAUCACAGAAGAAACUCUAUUGCUGUAAAAUUCGACAAGGCUUUAUAUAAAAAGACAACAGGAUAG